AUGGACCCUCCCAAUGGCACCGCUCCUGGGUCUGGGCCCCUCCCGCCCGAGGCCAUUGCACUCGCGACCCGGAUGUACAACGCGGCUCGGGAAGGCGACAUGGCGAUUUUCGAGCAGGCUCUCCCGGCCGGUCUGCCUGCCAACAUGACCAAUGAGAAGGGCGAUACUCUGCUCAUGCUGGCUGCCUACCACGGCCACGCUGAUCUGGUCAAGCUUCUGAUCCGGCAUGGCGCCGACCCGAACCGGCUCAACGACCGAGGGCAAAGUCCAUUGGCUGGUGCUGUGUUCAAAGCGGAGGAUGCAGUUGUCGAGGCACUGCUCGAGGGUGGAGCUGAUCCGGACUACGGAGCUCCGACUGCUCUGGAGAGUAUCGUCCUGUUCAAGCAGGAAGAGAAAUGGAGGUCAAAGUUUGAGUCGGCUCCAGGUAGAGGCAAGGCGCGGUUGUAG